UACCAUGGUCUUAAAGACGGAAAGAAAUGCACGCACUCGUCUCGGCACCCAGUCUACAGCAGUGUUGUUCUUCGCACUCGGUUGGCCCCUUCCGUCUCUUCGUUCCUGCUCUCCAGCCCGCUCUCUGGUCCCCCUUGGGAAAUCAUACCUGCGAUGUAUUCUUCUCUUUCUCGACUGUCUUCCUCUCUGAUUCAGCGGCUAGCUAGAACCCGAUGCCCGGGCCGCGCCGAGCUCAUCACUUCAAGGUCGUUCUCCGACUCUAGGAUGCCGCCAGGGCACCAAGAAAAUUUUCGAAAUGGUUUCAAUGCUUCUGAGAAUGAAGAGAGGAAUUCCAGGUCUAUCAACUUUGUGAGGGGAGUAGUAGAGGAGGAUGGAAGGAGCAACUUUUGGGGUUCUCAGUUUCCUCGAUAUAAUAUAGAGCAAAAUGCUGAUAUUGUCCACGUAAAGCUGAUGAAAAACAAUACCUUUGUUACUGUGACGGACUCGAAGGGCAACAAGAAACUUGGGGCCUCGGCUGGUUCCAUACCAGAUAUGAAAGGAGGACCUAAAUUGGCGAAGUAUGCGGCUGAAGCAACUGCAGAACACGUUGGACGCAUGUCAAGAAAUUUCGGCUUAAAAUCAGUUGUGAUGAAGGUGAAAGGGUUUACUUAUUUUAAGAAGAAAAGGCAAGCUAUCAUGAGCUGGAAAGAGGGCUUCUCUAGUUCCCGAGUGGGUCACAGUCCAAUUGUAUACAUUGAAGAUACAACCAGAAAGCCCCACAAUGGUUGUAGACUCCCAAAGCAGCGUCGUAUCUAAACCACAGUGCAGGUUAUCCUUGAGUGGGUAUAGUACUUGGCUAGGGAGAAGUAUUCGGUGAAAUAAUGAGCUUGACCUAGUUGUUUUUUUUCCUAAAAAAAUUGGAAUUUCGUAUUGUGAUGCUAAUGUAGUCUUUUUGAAGGUCACCUUACUAUGUUUGAAGAUGGUUGUUUAUUAUGAUAAAGUAGUUGGUUAAAGAACUAAUUCAAUAAUAUUCCUGUGGAAAGUUUGGCUUCA